GUUCAUGAAUCUUUCGCAAGUGCAUGUGUUGUUCAAACUCCAAAGCGUAUUUUUAUUUUUUACUCUAAGUUGUUAGAGUAAAAGUGUUCUGACUUCUGUGACGUUUAUUAUUUGUGUAAUUAAUAAUUAUUGCUAAAUGAUACUGUACAAUUUAUUAUAUUUAUGAUCUUUGAAGAUAUGCGAUUAUUAUUUGGAAUGUUUAGUUUAUUAAAUUCAACAUAAAAAUAUUAAGAUAUUUUUCUAUUCUCAGAGUAUUAUAAAUAUUUAUAGCAGCUCCUAAAUCAUGGUUGGUGGUUGAAAACAAAACAUAUUAAUUUUGGUUACGUACCAAGCUUAGCAAAUCAAGUUUAUUUUCUGUUCAUUAUUUUUUGUAUUGACUUUAAGUGAAAAAUCAAUAUGGAGACAAAAAAAAUAUCUUUCGGUUUUAUAAAAACGAAAAAACAAGACAAACCAGUCGUAACGGAGACGAAAGAAUACAUAGAAUGUGUGGAGGAAAAAGCGAUCAAAGUUGUUGGAGGGGAAACAGUUAAAGAAGAUAUACCCUUAGUUAUUCCAAUGAAACCCAAUACUUUAGUAACUGCAGAAAAACUGAGACAUAUUGCGGAGCAAGCUGAGAAUUUUGAUGACAUAAAUAUUAAAAAAGAGGACUGUGAAGUAUCAGUGAUACCUGAAAAUGAGACUGUAGAGCAGAUGGCAGCCAGAGAGCUACUAGAAGAGGCCAGAAAGAAAAAAAAGGGUGAAGAAGAGAAAAAAUUAGUUGUUAAUGUUCCAUCUCAACCAGUUCUUGAGGGCCAGAAGGAGUCAACAUUGGAUGAUUAUGAUUCAGUCCCGAUACAAGAAUUUGGUAUGGCCAUGUUGCGUGGCAUGGGCUGGACAGCUGGGAAAGAUGAAUCAAAAUACAAACAACCCGUACUGCGUCCAAAGGGUUUAGGUUUGGGUGCUGACAAGGUUAUUGGACAAAAACAAUCAAAGAAAUCACGAGAUAAUGAAGAGGAACUGGCUAUUGUAAAGAAGGCAUUUGUUAAAGUAACCUCGGGGAAAUACAGUGGUCUUUAUGGACAGGUUGUCAGCCUCGAUGAAGAAAAUGGGCGGGCCAUGGUUGACAUAACAAUGAAGAAGGAGACUGUCAGCUUGAGCGAGUUUAUGAUGCAUCCCGUGACCAAGGCGGAGUAUGACAAGCAAUCCAAAGUAAUCAAUGCAGAAUCUUACGCUGAAUAUAAAAGGAAUGAGAGUGACUCCAUAUCAUCAAAAAAGGAACGUAUAGAAGAUCCCUCAGGACAGAGGUCAAAUGAAAGAACUGAAUCUAGGCAUAAAGUAGAUAAUGACAAACAUUCAAAUGGUAGACAGAAUUUAGAAAGGAGAUAUUCUAGUGAUAAGGAUAGGAGUAAGAGUAAAUCAUAUAAAAAAUAUAGCAGUACAGACUCUGACUCCGACAGUAAGAGUAGAAGACGUAGCAGUAGCAGUGAAUCUAAUUAUAGACACAAGAAGAAAAAGAGUCACAGUAAGAGUUCAAAAGAGAAAAGGGACAUAGAUAAGAAAAGAAAGGGGAAGAAGAAGAAGCGGGAUAGAGAUAGAUCUCCUAAUUAUAAGAAACAUAGAAAAUAAUUUACUAUAUACAGAUAUUAAAUUCUCUUUUUAAA